AUGACUCUGAAGAAAUUAGAUAGAUUGGUGAAAAGAGAAAAAGUUGAGGGCUUAGUUGAUUAUUACUGGAAAGAAAAAGACAAGGAAUUUCAUGAUUGGAUUAGACCGAUAAAUCACGACGAUGAUGCUAUGGAAAUGGCAAGUGCUGGGAAGAGGGAUGGAGAAGUGGAUGUCUAUGUUAGGAAACUGACCGUUGAAGACAUUGAGGCUUUAGUCCCUCCGCCCCCCUCGCCCCCACAUGUUGUAAUUGAGGAGAUACCAAAUCCCAAAGAUUUAGCUUAUGUGUAUCCCACUCCCGUGAAAAAAGUAAGGGGUAAACCAUUGGCUACCAAGGCUGGUGGGAGUAAACGACUGGGUACCAAGGCUGUUGGUGAAGGUCCUUCAGAAAGUGGGGGGUCAUGGAUGAGUCCAUAUGUAAGUGAAUAUGUAAGUGAAGGGGCUUCUAUGGUCCAGGGAAAUACGCAGGCUCAGGGGAAUGAAGGGGCAGAUUUUUUGGGACAAACUGACACUGGGAAUGAUGAGGUUGCUGGUGAGCGGGCAAAUGAAGAGGCAAGCGUUCAGAUGGUUGAUGAAGAUUGCCAUGAUAAGGGGGAUGGGGCUGCUGAAGAUUGCCAACUUAAUGGGGCUGAGGCUGGGGCUGUGGAUGGGGCUGAAGCUGAGGCUGUGGCUAUGGAUGGGGCUGAGGCUGAGGCUAUGGAUGGGGCUGAGGCUGAGGCUAUGGAUGUGGCUAUGGAUUUGGCUGAGGCUGAGGCUGAGGCUGCUGAAGAUUGGCAAGUGACUGGGGUUGAGGCUGGGGCUAGUGAACAGCAUGGGCCACAAGAGGAAGAAGUUCCAAUUCAGGGGCCACAUGAGGAAGCUCAGGAUUUGGGGGCUGACGAUGGGCCGCACAUGGAUGAGGUAGAGGGGCUGCAUGAUAAGGGUCCUACUCAACAAACUCAAGAUGUGGACUUCGACAAUUUCUUCCAGACCCAACAUCAGCCCCCUUUUGAGGGUUUAUUUGAGGACCAGAAUAGGGAACUACCGCAAAGGCAAAGUGAAGACCAGCCACCGAUGCCCACUGAAGAAGAGCUUCAUCAUUCACAUGAAUGGGUUGAAGUUGAAGAUUGGGAUGAUGAUCUAGAUGAGUACAUUGUGGAUCCUGAUUAUGACAUCUUGGAUGGUGAUGAAGAUUUGACUACCGAGUUGAGGUCAAACGGUCAGUUGCCUGAAGAGAAUGAAGAGAAUGAACAGGAUGAAGAGAACGAAGAGAAUAUUGGUGCUUCGCAGAACAGGGCUGGUGGGAGACCCAAAGGUAAAGCCCAAUUUGAGUCUGGUGGUGUUGACAGAACAAUUCACCAGGACACUGUGGGUGGUGAUUCAGAGGAGCAGUUUAAGAAGGCCUGCCGUGAGUGGGGGAUACACCACAGGUACCAACUGCACUUCCCUGUAAAUGAGAUAACAAGGGUGAGGGCAAAGUGCUACUCAAAGAGCAAAUGUAAGUUCUACGUGUUUGCCUCAAAGCUGCACCUCAAAGAUCCCAAUGACAACACAUUCCGAGUGAAGACCCUUGAUCUGCGCCAUACAUGUCCUAAAGUGAGCAAAAACUUCCACCUGACUAGUGCAGUCCUCGCCGACAAGUACUUAGAAGAAUUUAGAAACGAUCCUGAAUAUAAGUCUGAAGUGUUUGUGAAGAAGAUUCAGACGGACCUAAAACAAUCAAUAAGCAUUCAGCAGGCAAGAAGAGCAAGAAGGGCAGCAUUGGACAAAUUGGAAGGUGAUGAAGACCGGCAAUAUGAGAAGCUGUAUGACUAUAAGAGGGAGGUUUUGAGAACCAACCCAGGCAGCACGGUGGAGUUUAAAGAAGCAAGGGGGAAGUUCCAGGGAAUGUAUGUAUGUUUUGAUGGGUUGAAGCAGGCCUUCGUGAAUGGGAUGAGACAGAUUGUCUGUCUGGAUGGGUGCUGGUUGAAGGGUAAAUACGGGGGUCAACUUCUUUCUGCAACAGGGAUUGAUCCAAACGACUGUAUGUACCCCUUAGCAUAUGCCUGGGUUAAAACGGAGAACACGGAGACCUGGAUGUGGUUUAUUGGGCUACUAUCAGUUGAUCUGCACCUUACGAAUGCCGCUGUUUUCAUGUCCGAUAAACAAAAGGGUUUGUUGAAUGCUGUGAAGGAGUUGUUCCCAUAUUCAGAGCAUCGAUUUUGCUGGAGGCAUUUGUGGGCCAAUUUCAGGAGCACAUUUCACACGCAACACAUGAAGCCCUUCAUCUGGAACAUUGGAACAGCAACAUACAAAGCAGCCAUGGAUAGAGCAAUGAAAGCUCUGGAAGACAAACAUGACGCUGGCUACAAAUGGAUCAAAGAGAGGGACAGGAAACACUGGUGUAGAGCGCUGUUCAAAGAGGAAGUUAAGUGUGAUAUCCUCCUAAACAACCUGGCUGAAGCAUUCAACAAGUACAUACUUGCUGCAAGAGAGAAGCCAGUGUUGACAAUGUUCGAAAUGAUAAGGACGCAGCUUAUGAAGAGGAUUAAUGACAAGCAGAAGUUUGGGGGAAACAUGGAGGGUGAGCUGUGCCCAAAGAUCAGAAAGAAGCUUGCUAAAAUCAUUGAUUAUGGUUGGAAGUUCACCGCAGAUCCUGGUGGUAGCCCUCAGUGGCAGGUAGAGGGCCCAGGGGGCCAGUUCGUGGUUGAUUUGGCUAACAGAACAUGCACAUGUCGAAGGUGGCAGCUUAGUGGAAUCCCAUGUUCGCACGCUACACCAUGCAUAUAUGGAAAUAAUCAACGGCCUGAAGAGUUUGUGGAUGAUUGCUACAGUGUAGCUACGUAUCAGAGGGUAUACAACUAUGUAAUCAACCCUAUGAAUGGGCCAGACAUGUGGGAAACAGACCCUGAGCCGGCUAAUAUCAUACUCCCACCAUCCCCAGUACAUAAGAAGAAGAGGGGCAGAAUACCAACGGCCAGGAAAAAAGAGGCGGAGGAACUAGAGAAACAAAGGGUUGAAAAAGCCAAGGAAGCCGCUGCAGGUAGGGAAAAGUUGCCAAGGAAAGGAAAUAUGAGAAUGACGUGCAGUUUAUGUGGUCAAUAUGGACACAAUAAGAGGGGUUGCCUAAAGAGGAGUGGGGGUCAGUCAACUCAUGAGGUUGGUGGUCCGUCAGCUGAAAGAGUGCCUGGUGGUCAGUCUGCUGAAAGAGAGCCUGGUGGUCAGUCUGCUGAACGAGAACCUGUGCUUCAUGACUCUCCAGUCACCCUCCGCUGGAUGAUGGAUGGUACAAGUCAAGUCGUUCAUAGGUCACCGAGUAGACGUGACACCUUUCCAUUUGUGGAUCAAGCAGUUCCGGCGGAACCUCCGCUUGCUGACCAAGGCCAACCAGACCAGAACCACCCAGGUGAUGCAGAAGAGAAUGCCUUCAACAGCCAACGGAGCAGUGUUGACGAUGGAGCUCCGUCCCAACCUAUCCCGACGCAAGCUGAAAAAGGAAAAGGGAAGCGGAGAGCUAAAGAUGUUCCCUCUAGAUACAUGAACAUCCUGAGGAAGAGAUCCAAAAAAACGUAGUGCUGGAACAUGGAUUAGUGGUAGUUAUUUUGCUAAUUAUUAUUGUGGUGCACAUAGGCAGUAUUUUGAACCAUGCUUUUGAUUGUUUUGAGCCACAAUGUUGUGGUUGUUUUAGGAAUGGAAUGUUAUGAAACUUAGGAAUGUUAUGUAAUUAAUUCUUGAAUCAGUGUACAGACAUGAAAAUUCUUAAUAUAAAAGUACUCUACUAAA